UGGGUCAGGAAUGCGUGAGCACCUGUUUAGUCUGGGUUUGUGACUGGCAUAGAGUUCAGGUGCAGUGAGAUGAAGAUGGCAGUUGCUACUAUCCUUCACUCUUGGAAUACUGCUGUUGAGCCAAAAUUACUGACACCUGAAACUUCUUGGUCUCAUCUCAACCUUCCAUCUUAUACAACAGAAUCUUUUUUCAUAUUUUUUCUAAAUCUCAAAGUCUGUACCUUUUUCAUCUCUAAGUUCCUGUCAAGGAGCCCUGGUGGUGUAGUGGUUAAGUGCUUGGCUGCUAAUCCAAAAAUCGACAGUUCGAACUCACCAGCUACUCACCAGAAAGAUGUGGCAGUCUGCUUCUGUAAAGAUGUACAGCCUAGGGAACCCUACGGGGUGGUUGGUUCUACUCUGUCCUAUAGGGUCACUAUGAGUUGGAAUUUACUUGAUGGCAAUGGGUGUGUGUGUGUGUGUAAGUUCCUAUUUUGUGCAUAAAUGACAGUCAUAACUCUAAUAAUGUCUUCAAAUAUUCUCUUGUGGCCCACUUAGGACUGAUGUCUCCUUUGCCUGGGAUGUCUUCUCUUGUAGGAAGGACAGACAGCUUCAUCUCAUACAUGAGGUGAACUCAUUCUCAUCCUCUUCUACAGAGCAGUUCUGCUGGUUUUGGUAGAGUCUAUGGUGAUCUCCCUAAUAGGAGGACUUGCAUAUGUAUUUUUGUAGAAGCAGAAAAAUGUAGUAGCUGAGGGCUUCAGCUAUGGUUUCAGAAUUCAUGGUUUCAGAUUAUGGCUUCACUACUGUGAUUUUAGUAAAACAUCUUUACUUACCUUUGGAUUUGUUUCCUCAUCUGUAUAAUUUGAAAUGACAAUGAUUAUUCUCUCAUAGGGAAGGUGAUCUUGUAAAAUAUCAGCCGAAUUUAGAAAUUAUAAAGAGUAAUAAAAGGGACAUAAAAAGGAAAUUUUCCAAACAAAUCAGUAAACAGGUCAUUCUACUGGGUUUUAACAGAAUGAAUGGGUUUGUAACUAUAAAACACUUAGAAUACUGCCAGGCACUCAACUGUUAUUUUUCAAUGUUUUUUAGAAAUAAGUUAUUUCCCCAUGGGUAUUCAUCUUGUCUGGAUGGGUUUAUUUCUGUUUUAUCUUCCAAGGUUUCAGAAGUGGCUGCUCUGAAACGUCUGAUCAGGAUUCAGCACAUGGCAUCACCUAGCAACUUCUCCACGGUUCCAGUCUCUGAAUUUAUCCUCAUCUGCUUCCCUAACUUCCAGAGUUGGCAGCACUGGCUAUCUCUGCCCCUCAGCUUCCUCUUCCUUCUGGCCAUGGGGGCCAAUGCCACACUCCUGAUCACCAUCCAGCUCGAGGCCUCCCUGCAUGAGCCCAUGUACUACCUGCUCAGCUUCCUCUCCCUGCUAGACAUUGUGCUCUGCCUCACUGUCAUCCCCAAGGUCCUGGCCAUCUUCUGGUUUGACCUCAGGUCUAUCAGCUUCUCUGCCUGUUUCCUCCAGAUGUUUAUCAUGAACAGUUUCUUGACCAUGGAGUCCUGCACAUUCAUGGUCAUGGCCUAUGACCGCUACAUAGCCAUCUGCCAUCCGCUGCAGUACCCAUCCAUUAUCACUGAUCAAUUUGUGGCUAGGGCUGCCAUCUUUGUUGUGGCCCGGAAUGGUCUUCUUACUAUGCCUAUUCCCAUACUUUCUUCCCAACUCAGAUACUGUUCAAGAAACAUCAUCAAGAACUGCAUCUGUACUAACAUGUCUGUGUCCAAACUCUCUUGUGAUGACAUCACCUUCAAUCAACUUUACCAGUUUGUGAUAGGUUGGACCCUGCUGGGCUCUGACCUCAUCCUUAUUGUUCUCUCUUACUCUUUUAUCUUGAAAGCUGUGCUUAGAAUCAAGGCUGAGGGAGCUGCGGCUAAAGCUCUAGGCACCUGUGGUUCCCACUUCAUCCUCAUCCUCUUCUUCAGCACAGUCCUGCUGGUUCUGGUCAUCACUAACCUUGCUAGAAAGAGAAUUCCUCCAGAUGUGCCCAUCCUGCUCAACAUCCUGCACCACCUCAUACCUCCAGCUCUGAACCCCAUCGUUUAUGGUAUGAGAACCAAGGAGAUCAAGCAGGGAAUCCAGAAAUUGCUGAGAAGGUUGUUAGAAAUGAAAUGAAUGAGACCUUGCCAUGGGAACAGAAAUUGAUAAUAUACAAUAAUUCUCAUGGUACAUAGGAAAUUUACAUAGGUGCUGUACAAAUAAAUUUGGAUUUAUGUUUCCCCAAUGUUUCAGUUGAUUGUGGAGACAGCCAUAUCUUGGCUGUUGUUUGAAGAAAAUUCUAUUGCAUUUUUUAUAUUCUGGAGUUACCUGCGAGUUUAUCCAGAGACUUGUCUAGCCAUAAUUGCAGGAUAUUAAUUAG